AUGACGAGUCCAACCACACUCACUUCUCAAACUUCUCAAGACCCAUUCUUCGAGUCAUCUGGUAGUCCAACCCUUCCAAAGAAGAAUUCCAUGUCUGGUAAACGAUCUGUAGUUUCCAAGUCCAACCCAUCCUCAACAAAAACUCCACUUUCGUCCUCAAUCACAAAAUUCUACAAUCGUGCAUGUAAAAUUCACACCUGUUGUGGUAUUAUGGAAUUUAACUGUCUCAAGUUGACAAGCAUGUUAGCAUUAGCCGUCAGCUUGACUGCCUUUACAUUUCUCAUAGUUAUCAUUGCACUUAACUAUUCAGUUGUUACUGACAUUAGUUCGAGAAUUGGCGUGCUUCAAACUGAUGCAACUUACUAUAGAGAAAUGAUGAAAAUGGCAAGUAGAAUUGCAGCUGACAGUGAAUACAACAGAACUAUUGCUUUAGAAUAUGUUGAUAUCUAUCAAAAUUGUUUUGAUAAUUAUUACAAAUCUAUUAAUUCACUUUAUAUAGUUGUGCCAUCAGAAGUUAUUCCAUACAUUAGAAUGAAUAUCAGUAGAGAGGAGACCAUGUCGAGAAGAGCUGUAAAGUCAGAGCUUGCUGCUCUUGAGCUUGUCAAAACUUUCAAUUAUUCUGGCGCAAAGUUUAUUCUAGAUUCGGAUAAUUACAAUUAUUUACUGACAGGUUAUUCUAGUGAAGUUCAACCAGUUUUGGACUAUGCACAGGCUGUGAGUGAUGGAUAUGCUAAUGCUGACCUUGCUGUCACUACUACUUCUCUAGUUGUCAUUGCAGUUUCAAUGGCAAUUGUCAUUCCUAUCAUGAUUGUUUUCGUUUGUCUUUCAGUGACAAAAGACACCUCAAAGGAAAAGCAAUUACGACAAGUAAGAAAAUAUCUCUUAAUAGAUACCAUCAAUGAUUCAGUUCUCUGUGAAAAAUUCAAAGAAUUUUGUAAACUCGAAAGAAGCGAAGAAAAUUUUGCAGUUUUGGAAAAAAUUAACGAUUACAAAAAAUUAUGUCAGAGAAGUUUUGAUAUUCAAGUAGUUCUGUAUGAUAAUGAUGAGUUGAGUGGUUCAGAUAUGGUUUCUGAUACGACUACCUCCAGUAACGAAACAACAGAUUCGAAAAAGAAAAAGAAUAAGAAAGGUUUCACCGAAAAGGAUUUAUUCGAAAUUGAAAAGAAAAAGUUUGAGUUGGCAUUCGAAGUGUUUACUGAUUAUUUAGAUGUCAGAGGUGAUCAUUCGAUUAAUAUUAAUAAGAAUUUGGCAGAUAAGGUGAAACAGUUUUUGGAUUUCUUUGCAAAGGGAGAAAACGAAAGUUUACCUGAAAGUUUAUUCGAUGCUAUUGAAACUGAUGUUAGUAUUCUAAUGAUGGAUACUCAUCAUAGAUUCAAAGCCAUGAUUGAAAUUCAAAUUAAAGAAAAGAAGAAGGUUUGUCCUUCACCUUCUUUCCUAUAUCAAAAUCCCAGUGUACUCGAUAUCCCAACACGAGAACUUUUUAUCUUCUGCAUGUGGAUGAGAUUAUUGGGAGUGAAGGCAAUUAAGAUUUUCGUUUAUAUUGAGUGA